CGUCAAUAACUCCACUGGAGCCAAAGCAAAUAUACGACCUAUUCGCCCCAUUUGCUAAACAUUGAGCACAUGCAAUUACAAACGUUCCCCUCUCUUCCUCGACACAUAGAUUAAUCUUCACCAACGGAUUUAAGUCCUUUCCGUCGCGCCCAUCAACACUAUGGUCUUCAGUAGCAUGAUCUUCGCCGCGCGAAGAGCCGGCAUCACGCACGAAGAAUUCAAGAAGCGCUACGAACAGCAUAUGCGCAUGGUGGAGGAGAUUUGUGGCGACGCAAUGCCGCUCUCUCACACGAGGUGGUACCUGAAACACGAAGGAGCCGACGAUAAGCCAGUACUGCUGGCGGGCAAGGCCGACGAAAUGCGUUAUGAUGCGAUCGUGCAGCUCGUGUUUGAAGACGAGGCCGCGUAUCGCAGGUUCUACAGCGCUUUAUUAACAGAGGAAGCCAAUGCCAGAAUUGAGGCAGACGAAGCCGGAUUCUGGGACCGGGAGAAAAUGCAAGUGGCCGUUAUCGGGGAUGUUAAGGAAACGAAGAAAUAAGGGAUGAACAGUGAACUGGGUUGUGUUCCUCGGCGGGUGUGAGAGGGGAAGAGAGGGGAGUAUUCGCAUUGACAGGCAUAGGACAUGAACUGCGGUAACAGACAAACUGGC